CUCCCUGGCGCAGGAGCGUCCACUGCCCUCGCCUGCUUGCAGAUAAGUUUCCCCUUGGACUAUUUCAUAGCCAGCGGGAGAGGCCGGGGAGCGCGUGGAUCAUGCCCAAGUUCACUUUUAAGGAGCGGAGGGAGACAGGGCUGCAGUUUAUCCAGUUCCUAAAGGACUCUGGCAGGCAAAGCGAGACCGACAGAGCGGUCCUGCGGACGUUUUACACUGAGUUCAAAAACAGAGAUAAUGAAAGAAGACCCAGUUUCUCCAACGUACUGUAUACUCUUGUGCAAAGUGGUCAUGCUGAAGUAUUGAUGAAGAACAUUGUACGGUUUGGCACUAUGAAGAAGAAAGUGAAGCUUGCCAAUCAGUACUGGAGAUCAGGAAAUACUGCUGGAGUUCAGACUUCUCUCGAUCCUGCAUUGGCUGCUGUCCCACCUCUGCGAAGAUCACGUGCAAAGGACAGAGCCGAAUUCAUUUCAAAGAAGAAUGGCAUGGAUAUUGUUUCUGACCACGAUCUGGUGAACGGCCGCAUCCGCUUCCCUGUAUCUAUUGAUGAGGCUAAAACAGUCACUAUACGUGUCAAAAAUGAUGGGAAUCUUGACGUGACUCUAAACAACUUCAGAAAGCUGCGUAAAAGUCAUGAGUUGACCUUUAAAGUUUCCCAGCGUCUCCCUGUGAGAAUUCCACCAGGUGCAUCAUUUGAGAUAUCAGUGUGCUGCUUGACAGUCUUCUAUGGCUACUUUCCAGUCACCUUGGUGUUUGAGUUCACCAGUGAGCAGACUGAACCAUUUGCAAUUGGGCGUUUUGUGUCAGCUGUUGCUAAAAGCAGACUAGCAGAAGAGCUGGGCCCUUCAGCUCCGUAUCAACCCUAUCAAACCAGUCUUCGUAAACCUCAAAUGGUGACUACAGAGAGAGGCAUCUGUCCAAGCGACUCUGUACCAUAUGAACUUGAACAGAUAAUACCUCUAAAGAACUAUUCCUAUCCACCCAACCUGAAGGACCUGGUCAUGUAUCUUCAUGAAGGUCACGCACCCAAUGAUGGCUCCCGUGCCAAGAUUGCCAAGCUUCGGACCAAGCUGAAGGCUGCCCUGGAGUUUAGCAACUAUCAUGAGAAGUUUGAAUUCCUGCUUCACCUGGAAGAAAUACAAAUGGAGGUGGACAUUCGCCGCUAUGACAUGCAGGAUGUUUGCAUAGAUAAAGAUAAACAGAACACGAAUCUUCUUGUCUUGAAGGUGCCCGGUGUGGCUGAAAACCGCCCAUCGGUACUGAGAGGUGAUCAUCUUUUUGUGACUUUGGCUGAUGAGCGUGGACAGAACUCAAUUGUCCGGUACCAGGGUUAUGUCCAUGCUGUAGAACUGGAGAAGGUCAAGCUGGGCUUCCCUUCCAAGCUGAUGAACCUGUUCAUUGAUAACAUGAAAUUUGAUGUGAUUUUCACCUUCAAUCGUCUGCCAUUACGUGUUCAGCAUCGGGCUGUUGUUCUUGCCCAGGAAAGACAACUGCAGGAUUUGCUGUUCCCAUCUUUCUCUUCUCAGAAAUCCCUGCUCUCUCCUGGGCAGCGUCUCAGUCUAUAUGAUCUCAACCUGGAGAAAAAUGUGGAACAGAACAGAGCUGUCCAUCAGAUAGUGGCAGGCACAUCCAGACCAGCCCCUUACCUCAUAUUUGGACCUCCAGGUACUGGCAAGACAGUCACUAUGGUUGAGGCCAUCAAACAGGUACUGCACUGCAUUGAAGGCUCCCAUGUACUUGCCUGUGCCCCUUCCAACAGUGCCUCUGACCUGCUGUGCCAACAUCUCAUGAAACAUGUGGAGAAAAGGAACAUCUACAGGCUAAAUGCCUACUCCAGGGAUUACCGCCUGAUACCUGAAGAUAUCAAGCCUUACUGUAACUGGGACAAUGAGAAGAUGUGCCCUGUCUUUCCCAGCAAGGAGAUGCUGAAAAGCUACCGGGUCAUUGUCACAACCCUGGUGACGGCAGGAAGAUUAGUCUCUGCUGAUUUCCCUCGGGGGUAUUUCUCUCAUGUCUUCAUUGAUGAAAGCGGCCACGCUGUGGAGCCAGAGAGCCUGGUUGCCAUUGCAGGCCUCCUGGCCAUGAUGGACCCAAAGACAAAUGCCAAAGGAGGACAGCUGGUUUUGGCAGGGGAUCCUCAGCAACUGGGGCCUAUCCUGAGGUCUCCUCUAGCUAUUGAACAUGGCUUAGAGCUUUCCCUGCUGGAACGACUGAUGCAUCACAACUCCUUGUACAAAAAGAAGGAUGGGAGUUACAACCCAUGUUUUGUCACUAAGCUGCUGCGAAACUACAGGUCUCAUGCUGCUAUCCUGAAGUUUCCCAAUGAGAAGUUCUACGAGGGGGAGCUGCAGGUCCAUGCUGACCCUGUCAUCACAGAUUCCUACUGCUCCUGGAGCGGACUAGUGAAGCAGGGAUUUCCCAUCAUCUUUCAUGGAGUCUGUGGAGAAGACCAGCGGGAAGAAAAGAGCCCUUCAUUUUUCAACAUAGCUGAGAUAGACGUGCUGAUUAACUACCUCAGUAAACUGCUUCUGGAACCGCAGGGCAAAAAAGGCUUGUCCCGCAUUUCUCCCAAAGAGAUUGGCAUUAUCUCUCCUUACAGGAAGCAGGUGGAAAAGAUAAGACGUGCCAUUCAAUUAUCAAAGCUAAAGGAUCUGUCACAUAUCAAGGAUCUAAAGGUGGGUUCUGUGGAAGAGUUCCAAGGCCAGGAGCGGCGUGUGUUGCUUAUUUCCACGGUGCGCAGCAACAGUGAAUAUUUUUAUAUAGAUGAAGAGUUCAGUCUUGGAUUCCUGAAGAAUCCCAAGCGUUUCAAUGUGGCUGUUACAAGAUCCAAAGCACUCUUGAUUGUCAUAGGCAAUCCCAUUAUUCUCAAGCAGGAUCCCAUCUGGGGCGAGUUUAUCAAGUACUGCCAGGAUAAUGGUGCAUACAAAGGAUACCAGUAUGAGGAAGAGAAGAAUGAGGAUGAAGAUCUGUCUGUAGAGCUCCGUUCCCUCAGCUUGAAUAGUCAGCCAACAGGCCGCAACUUAGGUGAGAGUCACAUUCAGCAACAAGUAGAGCCAGCCUGGAGACACGAGCAUUGAGGCUCAGCACUGCUGCUCUCUUCCUUCCCAAAUAAAUCACCUCUCUUUGUGCUACUUAGAUACAGAUAGAUAGGAAUGGGGGUGGCAGCCCAACUCAAGGAAUCAUGUUUGAACUCUCUAUUUCCUGUCUCUCAGGCGAUGAAGCAGGAAUCCUGCACACAUCCCAAAUUUCCAAGGAGGACAUCCUUAUUAUGCAAUGGGAAUACUCUGUAUUACUCUGUAAUAAUAAUAUUAUUAAUUCAGAAUAAGUUUUCUUUUCCCUUAGACAAUGAGGGACUGUUCUGCAUUUCCUCUGUUUUUGUAAGUGUCUAAGGUGCUGGAUUGUCAGGGCAGCAGAAAUAAAAAAGUGGACUGAGGAAAGGCGCCAAGUGCAGGGAUUCCACUUUCCCAAUUCUUCAUUCAUUUCUCAAACCAAGGCUGAAUAUGCUUUUUCACUCUAUUUCUAUUUCCAGCUAGCUUUUAAAGUUUAUUGUGAAUUGCAUUUAGAAAAACAAAGCUUGCUUCUGAACUCUUGCUUUUCCAAGACAGUCGGAUUUUUAUUAACUGUUUUGUACUGAAUUUCCAUUAAAGUUUACUAGA